AUGGCCUACACCAUUCUGAUCAAGAUGCUAAACAGUACCUACGCCCCAACAAUCCUCGCACUAUUCUCAGACCUGAUGUUCGUAUUGAUGGAUGGGGUGGUUCAAGUUCUCGAAGAUGUACAUGGGAUACCCACAGGUCAAAUAGUAUUUAUACGAAUGUCAUCCACGAUCGUAUUCUGUUUUGCGUAUUUAUCAUACACCCACCCAUCUUUCAUAAAAGAAUCAAUCUCUUCUCCCAAAGCUUCGCUAAUUUGGGUGAGAGGUUUCAACAAUUCCCUUGUUAUCAUCACAAUGUAUGCUUCGUUGCUUUACAUCACCUUAUCGGAAUGUACAGUCAUCCUUCACCUACGUCCCUUCCCAGUAGGAUUACUAUGUUUCGUGUUUCUUCGAGAGAGGUUCUCGAUCAUUCAACUCCUAGCAAGUGUCAUAUCGUUCCUGGCCGUUAUACUAGUCAUUCAACCUUCCUCUCUAUUUCAUCCCCUCGACCCGUCUCCAAAAGAUAAUCGGGCUCUAGGAUUCACUUUGGCGAUACUCAGUACACUCACAAGCUCAGUCGAUUUCUUGUUAUUACGCAAGAUAGAGAGGGUAGAUCCAAUUUUGAUCCUGGGAGUAUUCGCAGUAACAGGCUUAUUACUUGGACCAUUGCAAAUGAUCAUACUUCACAUUCCACCUGUAUUAGAUCUCAAAGCAAAAGUAUGGGGAUUACUAGCCACCGUUACAGCAUGCGGUUUCAUGGCUCAAGUAUCUAUCGUACUCUCCCUCCAACGUACUUCCGGGGGAAGUAUAGCGAUACUGGGUUAUCUGCAAGUGGUAUUCGCAGUGAUCAUCCAAUGGCUGUUCACAAAGGAGAUACCAAAUUGGUUGGCUGGACUGGGAAUGGUUAUCAUAGUUGUUACUGGGAUAUGGUCAGCCCAAUAUGGUUCUGAGAAGAAGGAUACAGAGGAAGUAGGUGAGCGUGAGAGGUUGAUGAGUGGCGAGGAAGCAUAA